UUAUUGAAAAAAUUUUCAAAUCUCAUUUGUUUUUCUUUUUAGCAGAUGAACCAUUUUGUUAGUAUUUACUUACCCACACACCCGCCUAUCUACCCACCCAUUCACUCAUCCAUUCAGUCGUUUACUUGUCCAUCAGCCUCUCUGUCCAUCCAUUUAUACAUUGCCUCUUUAAUAAAUACCUAAUCUUGGUGUUUUGUUAAAUGGUAAAAUUAGUUUUAUUUUCCAUUUUAUGUCUAUAAUGUACUGACUAUGUUGUAAAAACUAAUUUGUUUUUAUUUUGGAUUUAUUUUGCAGGAUGAACGUGACGUAAGUAGUUCUUAAAAUUAUGUCUGUCUUUCCGUAUGGCACUAAGUGUUAAAAACCGACUAAAGUAACAACAAUAAAAUAAAUAUUUGUGGGGGGAGUUUAACACCACUGCCCUUAAGUAAAAAGGCACAUGAAGCAGGAUAUCAGGAGAGUUAACUUGUCUAGCAUGGUUCUUGCAAAUAAAGCUCAUGCUUUUUUGUAGAUGUUCAUAAGACUUUGUAACAUCUGCUGGUUGAAGAAGCCGAGCUAGUGGUGAAGGAGGUGACUUUGGGUCUCUGUGAUCUGAGUGGAGUUCUGAUCACAGAGGCGAAUACAGUUCAGACCGCAGCACUUUAGGUGAACCUGUAAUUUUACUGGCCKGAAAAUUUAUGCAAGAAAGUUUUAUUCUCAUUUUAUUCUAUGUUUGGGUAAUAGUGUCAAUUAAGUGAGCCAUCAGGAUCAUGUUAUCUGCAUAAAAAKGGCCGUUCUCCCAGCAUUUACAAGAAACAUUGCACAUUAGAAUGUGGUAUUAAACUCAACUCUCUGRAGAUCUGUUUUUACAACCAGCAUCAUAAUGUGAUGUCAAUGCACGUAGAAGCUUUUGUAUCUUCUACAUUAAUGACAUUUUUCUUCUUUUUUGAUUCACAGUAUAUGUAUCAGGAAAAAUGUGCUGUGAUAAAUACUAACCCUUCAUUAGGUAUUGGCAAAUGGAUACCCAAGUCCUGCAAUGACACUAAUGGAUUUAUAUGCCUGCAAAAAAUUGACUCAUCACUCCCGGUUUCCCCUGAACCAACACCUUCUAGCAACUAUAUCAAAAUACUCAAUGACUCCAUAAAACUUGUUCCUAAAAACAUGAGCUGGGAUGAAGCAAAGAAGCACUGUGAAGAUGAUGGUGCAAAUCUGGCCAGCGUGCGAUCUGAGUGGACACAGGCUUACAUUGAACUACUGGCUUUGAAUCUCAAGAGUCCUCUAUGGAUUGGACUCAACAAAGCUCAGACAAAUGGUUAUUUCAAAUUUGUCGAUGGCUGGUUCUUAAAAUUUACUAACUGGGAUAGAUAUGAACCAAARAGUUUUAGAAAUUGUGUCUUUGUGGAUGUGGAUGGGAAAUGGAAAACUAGUGACUGUAAUCAGACCAUCAGCAGUGUUUGCAUGAAGUCUACAGAUGUGCCACCCACUGACAAAACAGCAGAUUUUCCAGGAGUUUGUCCUGAAGACCCAUAUGAAAUAUUUUCGUGGCGCAAAGUUUCAUGGAAACCAUUUAGGGGUUACUGUUAUUUAUUUAUUUCUGAGCAAAAAUCAUGGUCAGAUGCAUCAGUCAGUUGUAUAGAACAUGGUGGAAUGCUUGUAAGCAUUGAAGAUACCUUUGAACAACAAUUUAUUAAAAGGAACAUCGAAAUAUUUCAAGACAGCCACCCAUCUUAUUGGCUUGGCCUCUUUACAACUAAAAACGGAGUGUGGCAGUGGUUGGAUAAAACAGUUUUGGAUUACACUAACUGGCAUUCAGAUGACAUUGAAUCUCUCAGCUUUGGAAGAUCUUCCCACCGUUGUAGAAUUAGCACAUCAGAUGGGAAGUGGAUAAAGGACAGGGGAUGGAUGGAGAGACCAUACAUCUGUAAAACAGCAAAAGUGUUAACAGACACCCUAUCACCAUCAUCUGUUUCCCCAAAUAUUGGAUCAAAUCCUUCUGGACGUGGCCACAUCAUUUUGGCAGUUGUGCUUGUCAUCGCUGGGCUUGCAGCUGGGACAGUUGUUGCCCUCUUCUUUUUCAAGAAGUCUGGUCAUUACUUACCCAUCCAUAACAGGUUAACYAACUUUGACAACCCACUCUUCUUUGGCAACAACCGGACACAGUCUGGUUUGGUGGACAGCAAAACACUGGUAGAAAAUGCAGAUGAAGAAAAUACUUUACCUGUGGUAAAUAUGUGAAUUAUUAAACAACACAAAAACCACAGAAUGUAGGAAACAUUUUGUAAAUAGAUACAUUGUGCUAUCAUGGACGCAAACAGUGUUUUAAUAACUUGACCAAAAUUGAGCAAAAAAAAAAAAAAAAUUCUUGGGAGAAAAGCAACAGAAAGGUCAAUAAACUGCAUACUACAAAACUGUUUCUUUUGCGGUACAAUAUAACAAGUUCCUUUCAAAAAUCUGAAAUUCACUGCUUUUCUACACUGAGUAAUUAGUUUUCACAAAGUCGUUGAAACAAAUUAAAACUGUUUUUUUAUUAUUAUGACUCCGAUAUUAAUCCUCAAUAAACCCAAUGGCUGUU